AUAUUUAAUAUUCCAAUGUUUAAACUUUAAUUAAUUAAUUAUUAUUAAUUUAUGGUGUUCGUUUGAUUCGUAAAGUCGAAAAUUAAACGAUUGCAAUCGACUAUAUCAAUAAUUAAUAUUUAUAUUAUAUAGACAUAAAGUGUUGUUCCGUGACGCUGAACCUUACAAUAUCGUAUGAUAAUUUAUAUUGUCUGAUGUAUAAUUUUAUGGGUAUUCUCGAAUAAAUCAUCUUACGCUGGUGCUGAUAGUUUUUUUUUUUAUCAAUACAUUCAAAUAAAUCAAAUGUACUCGCAUAAUCUAAUUUGUGAAACGUGUAUUUAGAUUUUAAAAUAAGUUGUCGCUUUUGAACAUUCGAUUUUUUUAUGUGUUACUAUAAAGUUUAAACGUAAAUGCUCAUAUUUUGUUCGCGUAGAGUAAUUUUACAUAUUGACAAUGUAUGAUUCUGUAAAAAAAUUUGUUUCACGACACAAACACAAAUUAAUAAUAAGCGGCGCAUUAUUUUGCAGUACUGCGUAUGUAGUUUACACUAUAAAAAAUAAAUUGGCAGAAAAAAAAGAUAAAGAAAGUCGGGAAUACCUGGAACGAAGUAGACGUCAACAGCACUAUGAAGCCACAGAAAACACUUCGAACCGCAUGAUAACUGAAUUUGUUAAACAACUCCAUGUUAAAUAUUUUGCGAAAAAUUUACGCAUUGAAAAUAUUAUAGAUAAAUUGAAAAAGCAAAAUGAUUUGGCACUUUGGGAAGAAAUGAGAAUAUGUGUUUUUACCAGAGCAUGUUUACUUGUUUAUGCUGAAACUAUGUUGGUAAUAACAUUAAAAAUUCAACUCAAUCUGCUCGGAGGUCUUGUAUACAAAAGUCUAUCACAAGAUUCACCUCCAAUUUGUUCAAAAACUCAAGAAGAUUAUCUGUUACAUUUUAGUUACUUCAUCGAAGACGGUAUUCAACGUUUAGAAGAAUAUUUACAUAGUAAAGUUAUUAAGUAUGUACAGCAAGUUCCUAUCCAAGAACAAUACAAUUUACAGGAAUUAGAAAAACUAUUUUUCCUCAUUCAAACUGAAAUUGCAAGUGAUACAGAUAGUCCUUUUCGAUGUAUAGAUUCAUACAUGUUACACCAAAUGCCACAAGUGCGAGAAGCACUACUACAAGACAUGGUAAAUGAAACACGGGAACUAUUAAAAAAUGACGAGAUAAUUUCAGUAGCUCGUUACUGCACAUCUCAUAGUUUUAAUAAGUUAAUGGAUGCUAUUACUGUAAAUACGCCUAAUCGGUCAGCAAAUUUACCUACUACUGUCAAAAUGCCAUUUGCCAAGUGGUUGCCAAUUGUUGACAGAUCGACUAAAGUUACGGAAAGUGGAGACUGCAGUCUAAAACAAAAUGUUCACUUGGAUGGAAAAGUUAAAGUGCUUAGUGCAAAUGUGUAUGAGGCAUUUUGUUCUGCUUAAUUAUAUUUAAAGGUUUUUGUUUUUUUUUUAAUUGUUUUUUAUGAACUUAUUUUGUUUUGUUUACUCAUAUAUGUAUGGGUAUGUAUUUAUUUGUCCUCAAUUUGUAAUUAAAUUCUUACAAAUGUUAAAUUAAUUGAACCAUGAGUAUUUAUUUUUGGGAAAUUUGGGAAUUAUUAUAAUCUAAUAGCUUUAAUAUAAAAAAAAAACAUUUUGUAAUAUUGCCAUGUUUAAUGAAAUUGAAUCUAUUUAUCUGUAAUGCAUGAUAUUAUGCUCUAUUAAAAUCAUAUUGAGUUUCACUCAGUGUUCCAAGAAAUA